GCUGAGGCGAGCGGGGCGGGCGGACGGACCGGGAGAGUCGUGCUCCGCUAGGGCCGCUCAGCGCCCCGCCUCGCCACCCCAGCUGCCCCUUCCUUCCCCGUGGCCGGCGCGGAGGGGAGGGAGAAAGGGAAAGGGGCCCGGUGCCGUCUCCGGCCGCUCGGCUCGGAUUUUUCAGCCGGGGAGAACUUUCUAUCCCGGGCCGGCGAGGAGCAGCGGGCAGCGCGCAGGAGGGGAAGUAUGAGGAUGCUGAUGGUGAUACCGCCGCGAUGCACCGCUCUCGGGGGGCUCUUGUGAGACGCGCAGCUCCCCGAUGCGCGCCUGCCCGGAGGAGGCUGCGGUGGUGCCGUUGCACGAAGGAGCUUCCCGUCUGAUUUAGCCGGGAUACAGACGCUUUCAUUAUUUUUAUUUGUAUUUUUUUUAAGUAUAUAUUUUUUUAGUUUAUUCUUUUUUCCCCGACGGGGCUGGCGGCUUGGCGGGUCUGGCCAGCUGGCAUUUUGAGUGGUUUUUGUUUUCCUUUUGUCCGAAGGACCUCUCUGAAACUAACGGAAGAGUCUCUGCUGCGUGUGUGGUUCUCCCUCCUCUGUCCGCCUGCGUUUCGUGCAUGUGCUACUGGAGCUGCUCCGACCAGAGCCGGCUGUGCGGAGCCCCCCCACUUCCUCCUCCUCCUCCCGCCUUCUCUUGUUCAUCGCUCCGUGUCUUGCCGAUGACCUGGCUCCUCCGCCGACGCCCGGGAACACCGCGGCUCACGCUGGAGAUUUUCUCUCGUCCCUCUGGCUUGCGACAGUCCCGCCGCUGACACUUCGUCCCGUUUCCUCCAGCUGGAUUUUCCCUUCUGGGCAAGAGGCAGAAGUGGGGAGUGGAGUCGCCUCCGCCCCAGUUUUCCGGCCGUACGAUUGCAUCGGCAACUUGAGAGCCCGAAAGGGGGAUUAUUUGCGGCCGCGCCCCCUACCCCCCCAAGUCCGCCCCAUCGGGUCCCGCCGCGCCCGGGCGCUGUGAGCGCCCCCGAAGGAGCGUGGAGCGGCGGGGACAGUCCCGAGUGAGGACCGUCCGCCUCCCCCGGGCAUCCCCAGCCCUCCCCGGAACAACGAAACAAAGGACGCCGAGGCCGGAGGAUGUCUCCUUGGCGGGGGCACUGAACGGUGCCUCGCCCCGCUCCUGCCCGCAGCGGCGGAGGGAAGGCGGCCGGUGGGUGUAGCUGCUCUCCUGCCCCCUCAGCUCCCCGACUGUGAAGCCAGGGCAGGGGGCUCGCCGCGAGAACCGCGCUGCGAGAGAGCCCCGCUGCGGCCGGAACCAUGUUCCCCCAGAGCCGGCACCCCACCCCGCACCAGGCUGCGGGCCAGCCUUUCAAAUUCACCAUCCCGGAGUCGCUGGACCGCAUCAAGGAGGAGUUCCAGUUCCUCCAGGCGCAGUACCACAGCCUUAAAUUGGAAUGUGAGAAACUGGCAAGCGAAAAGACAGAAAUGCAGAGGCACUAUGUGAUGUAUUAUGAAAUGUCGUAUGGAUUAAACAUUGAAAUGCACAAACAGACAGAGAUCGCCAAGAGGCUGAAUACAAUUUGUGCACAAGUCAUCCCGUUUUUGUCUCAGGAACAUCAGCAGCAAGUGGCUCAAGCUGUAGAACGUGCCAAACAAGUGACCAUGGCUGAACUGAAUGCCAUCAUCGGGGUACGUGGCCUUCCAGGUCUACCUCCUACACAGCAGCAGUUGCAAGCUCAACAUCUGUCCCAUGGCCAUGGACCUCCAGUGCCUCUAACACCACAUCCAUCAGGACUUCAGCCUCCAGGAAUCCCUCCACUUGCAAGCAGUGCUGGCCUUCUUGCCCUGUCUAGUGCUUUGGGUGGGCAGUCUCACUUGGCAAUAAAAGAUGACAAGAAGCAUCACGAUGCAGAACACCACAGAGACAGAGAGCCAGGCACAAGUAAUUCACUGUUGGUCCCAGACAGUCUGCGAAGCACAGAUAAACGCAGGAAUGGCCCUGAAUAUACUAAUGACGUCAAAAAGAGAAAGGUGGAUGAUAAGGAUUCUAGCCACUAUGACAGUGAUGGGGACAAGAGUGACGAUAACUUGGUUGUAGAUGUAUCCAAUGAGGAUCCUUCUUCCCCAAGGGCAAGUCCCACUAAUUCACCACGUGAAAAUGGUAUAGAUAAAACCCGCCUGCUGAAGAAAGAUGCCUCUAGCAGUCCAGCAUCUACGGCCUCUUCAGGAAGCUCUACUUCCCUCAAAUCCAAAGAAAUUAGUCUGCAUGAAAAAGCCAGCACGCCUGUCCUGAAAUCUAGCACACCAACUCCUCGAAGUGAUGUGCCAACCCCUGGCACUAGUGCAACUCCAGGACUUCGUCCAGGCCUUGGCAAGCCUCCAACAAUGGACCCUCUGGUUAACCAAGCUGCUGCAGGUUUGCGGACACCGUUGGCUGUACCUGGACCAUACCCUGCUCCAUUUGGAAUGGUACCUCAUGCUGGCAUGAAUGGAGAGUUAACCAGUCCAGGGGCCGCCUAUGCCAGUCUGCACAAUAUGUCACCCCAGAUGAGUGCUGCUGCUGCUGCAGCUGCUGUGGUUGCCUAUGGAAGAUCUCCUAUGGUUGGGUUUGAUCCUCCUCCUCACAUGAGAGUACCUGGAAUCCCUCCAAAUCUAGCAGGGAUUCCUGGGGGAAAACCAGCCUACUCCUUUCACGUUACUGCAGACGGUCAGAUGCAGCCAGUUCCUUUCCCUCCUGAUGCCCUCAUCGGUCCAGGAAUUCCGCGCCAUGCCCGUCAGAUCAACACUCUGAGCCAUGGGGAAGUUGUGUGUGCAGUUACCAUCAGCAACCCCACAAGACACGUGUACACGGGUGGGAAGGGUUGCGUCAAAGUCUGGGACAUCAGCCAGCCUGGCAACAAGAGCCCGGUCUCUCAGCUGGACUGCCUGAACAGAGAUAACUACAUCCGCUCUUGUAAAUUGCUGCCUGAUGGAUGCACCCUAAUAGUUGGUGGGGAAGCCAGCACAUUAUCUAUAUGGGAUCUGGCAGCACCAACUCCUCGUAUAAAAGCAGAACUGACAUCCUCAGCCCCUGCCUGCUAUGCUCUGGCUAUCAGCCCUGAUUCCAAAGUGUGCUUUUCCUGCUGCAGUGAUGGGAACAUCGCAGUGUGGGAUCUACACAAUCAGACAUUGGUCAGGCAAUUCCAGGGCCACACAGACGGAGCCAGCUGUAUUGACAUUUCUAAUGAUGGUACCAAGCUCUGGACAGGAGGUUUGGAUAACACUGUGAGAUCCUGGGACUUGAGAGAGGGGAGACAGCUCCAACAGCAUGACUUCACAUCUCAGAUAUUUUCCCUUGGCUAUUGUCCUACUGGUGAAUGGCUAGCUGUGGGAAUGGAGAGCAGUAAUGUAGAAGUGCUACAUGUAAAUAAACCUGACAAGUAUCAGCUGCACCUUCAUGAGAGUUGUGUGUUGUCACUCAAGUUUGCUUACUGUGGUAAAUGGUUUGUGAGUACUGGGAAAGAUAACCUUCUUAAUGCAUGGAGGACUCCUUAUGGAGCCAGUAUCUUCCAGUCCAAAGAAUCUUCGUCAGUGCUUAGCUGUGACAUCUCUGUGGAUGAUAAGUACAUAGUCACUGGCUCUGGAGACAAAAAGGCUACAGUCUAUGAAGUUAUCUACUGAAAACUAUGAUGGGGAUAAAACUUUUAGAAGUUGAACUGGGCCAAAAUUGUUCUUAAUUGUAGAAGUAGAAAGGAUUUGCCUUUUAAAAAAGAACAAAAGUAUUGAGGUUCCAGACCUUGCCAUGAAACUACUCCGAUUUUUCAAAAUAGAAGGCAACAUCCAGCAACUAAAUAUUGGCUACAUGGACCAAACGGAACACAGAGGCAAAAUGGACAGAUGUAGCCUAGGUUUUUGACAUAGUUUUUAAAAGCCGAGUCUACUGAAGAAUGUUGGAGCCUUUUAUUUUUUUCUUUCUUCGUGACCUCAUGCAAGUUGUUCUCAUUGCCUGAAUACGGGGGAUAAAUACCUUUUUGUUCCUUGCAGUUCAAGUUGCAUUCUGUCCUGUGUAGAGCAGUGGUGUCUCAGAUGAACUUGUUCCCUGGUUUUGCAUCUUGUGAUAUGUUUGUAUUUUUGUUGAAGGUCAAACAUUUGUAUAAAUUGUAAAUAUAUUCAGUUUAUUACAGUAAAGGCUUUAGUACCAACAACCAGUCUUCCCAUCUCCCCCCCAUGCCCCUAGACCACCCUGCUUAUUUAAAAUUAAAAACCUUUUGGGGAUAUAAGUACCUUUUUAGAAGCAAAAGCAAACACUAUGUAUAGUUUGAAAAUGGUCUUUUACUUUAUAACUCUUCCUAGAUUCCUUUAUCAUACUUCAAAGUAGUUGUUUUGACAUACUAGGGUAUCAAGUCCAGUAGGUACUGUCUUGUGCUACAGAAAACUUAAAAGACAAUUUUGUACUAAUUAUAGUGUAAAUAUAAAAAUUGAACAUUUCAUAAAGUUGUGCAGUUUAUUUUAAGCUUAUGCUGAUGUCCCAUAUAUAUGUUUUUUGGCAGAUACAGAAAUAUGUGCCUGAUCAUAACUCAUUUGGUCAUUGAGAUUACUUCCUCUCCUUUCUCACCCAGCUGAACAGAAUUCAUGCAAGACUACAUUUCAACUAAAUAUAUCAGAGCCUUCAUUCAUUAACUGAGGAUGGCUGUGAUUAAACAAAGCUGUAUAAGUUGCAUUCUUCAUAUUUUACAGACAAGUGGUGGUUAAUGACCAUUUCCUUUUUAAUAUCUUAUCUAUACUUAGAUACUCAGGUAAAUUUAAUUAAAUUACCAAAAGUGUGACUUUUAUAGGGGAUCACUUAAUGUUAAAAACUUGCAGGGAUGCAAGUGAAGUGAAUUAACCUAAGCUAAGUUAAAAUUGCUUCUUAAUUUCUUGUGAGAAUAUUGACAAAGGACUAUUUUGAUUUUUAAAUAAUCCACUGUACAAAUUAAUUAGAAUUCAUUUUCCUGAGUGUCCCAUGUUACACAGGCCUAUAGGCUCUAUGUAUUCGUACUGGGCCGUCUGACUCCUUUCAACUGUUGCAUCAGUGUAGGACAUAUGUGAAGAGCCAUGCUAAGCAGCCAGUUACCAAAGCUGUGCAUCUACAAAUCACAUUUUCUUAAUGUACUUAAGAGAAAAGGAUGAGGAGAUAAUGUGUACAUUUUAUUCUGUUUUUUUCAGAUUAGCGAGUUCUACCACUGUUUGCUAGACUUACUUAGCUAUUGCACCAGUCAGGGCUAUACAUUUCCUACAUUAUGUAAUCUAAUUAGAAUUUCUGUUGCUAAUGAAGACUACAGAUGAACAGAAGGAUAUAUUUGAACAAACAGCUUGGAUUACACAAACUAGCAGACAGGUUAAGACUUACCUGUGAAGAGCUGCUUUCUUAUUUUGCUAGCAUUUAACAAUGACCUAUUUGCCCAUUCCUUCAAAAACAUGUAACUGGGAAGGAACAAGGUUGACAGAGAGAUGUCUUGGCUAGAUAGGGAGUUUCUCAUCUGGGGCAAAUUUUCUCUCAGUUUCCAGUCUGAAGGGACAUCAGUUUUCGUUUUACAUGACAGUUCUACUGACACCAUUUUAUAGCAUCUAGAAUUGUAAUAGCCUUAAUACAUUAACUUUGCCUUUGGAAUGUAAAAUGUUAAAAUGUUAACCAUUCAGAAUUAUCUGGUUUCCUAGACGUUUAAAACGAGUGUUCUAUCUUUAUGUGUCUAUAUCUUUGUCUAUUUCUCUGUUCUGAAGAUGACAGACCAGCUUAGGUGGUGGUCAUCUUCCUUUCAUACAUAGUGAGGCAAAAAGCAGAAUUAUCAGGCUAUUUCAGGAAAAAAUUAUAUUUGCUACAUUGAAAUACUGUGAAGUGCUAUGCCAUUUUAAAAAGGCAAAGUUUUAAAAAUAGAGUAUGUGCUAGUUUACUUGAUUUUUACACUGACCCUGUUUUCAUAUUGAAGUUUUUCUGAAUGUCUGACUGCCAACAAUCAUUUACUUUGUUUUGUGGCACUGGCAAAUUUGCUGUAGUUAGGAACAUUUGGGUUUCUUCCAAACUACUGUCAGCUGGGCUUUUACUUAAUAGGUGUUCUUUUGCCUUUCUUAAAAGUUAGUAUCAGAGGAACUAAAAAUGCAUGUGUUCAAAUACAUUCAUCUAACUUAAAAAAAAGUAUACACAUGUAUAUAAUGGAUCUGCUAUAAUUUGUGGCAUAUUUGUUGGUUGUAAGACCAUAUUCUUGGCAGCAGGAAGUUCAAAAUAAUAGUGUCAGUAAAAUAAUGAAAUAACGUGUCUUUUCUUGUUAGCUUCUAGAUGCACAGUGAGUCAGAGCAGUUGUGGAAUUGGAUAUUAUUUAUGCAUGAGAAUGAAUUUAAUCAUAUUUGUACCAUAUGUUUCUUGGUUGUAAUUAAGAAAUUACUUGUUUUCUUCCCCACCAAGAUCUACUUUAAGCCUCGGGUCUGAAAACUGCGGGAUGCAUCAUAGAAUAGUCAUCUUAUUUUUUUGUUUCACAUUUCAUUUGGGGUUUAUGAAACUUUUUUCAUUUCUCAAACAGUAAAGCCUAUCAGCAGAUAUAAUUUUUAGUGAAAAGAAGCAUUUGGUGAAAUCUUGGCAUGUCUAUCUACAGUAUUACCUACAAUAUUUAAAACCUGUAGAGCUUAAAAAUUCUGUAAGUACUUACAGCCCUGUGUAAUAUAGUGGGUGGAGAUACUUGCGUAUUGAAUGAAGAAACAGGCCAGCCCAGACCAGCAGUAAUGGAAAAGGUACUGGGAAAAGCACAAGGGAAAAAGAGGUACAGCACCAACUAUGGUGUAGGUAACUAAUUUUAAUUUUUUUUCCAUUUAAUUGCAAUCCUAAAAGAUUCCUUUGAUUAGCCCCUUUCUGGGACUGUCUUUGUUUGCUAGGUGGCCCUCAGUAUUCAGAAAUGUCUGAAAGCAGUUCUGGCAAGCACUAGUGCCAGAUAGAAGCAGGGAGUCCAUACAAGUGACAUAUUGGUUGUCAGUAAAACAAUAGCUGAUGAAGAGGAGGUUUGUGAUAAUAUCAAUUCAAAUGAACAAAAUCCUUUGCCAGCUCUAAUAUGUAUAUUUUUUAUGUGCACUAGGCAAAACCUUUUAUAAAUCAAUUGUUCAGAAAAUAAGGAUAUUAUUCUACACAGUGCAUUUGUCAGUGUGUCUGAGUACCUCUUAUUGAUUAUCGUUUAAUGCAAAGAAAGUUUCCCCACAUCAGCCCAGAAGCAGCUGGUCCCUGAGAGAGAAUUUUUAUCUGCAUUAAUUCUUUGAAACUCAUUUGGCAUUUCAAAAACUUGUUAUUUUAAAGGAAGGAGGAAGCAUCGGAUUAUUAUGAAGUUCAUUUACUUAAAAUAAUAGCACUAUUUUUUCGUAUAAAUAUCAAAGUAGAAUCUGUCAUCUAGACAUAUGCAUACUUUGGUGAAUAAACAAUUGACCAUAAUUUUUCUAUCACAUCUUUGCAUUGGUGAUGCAGGUAGAAUUUUCAGAAGUCUCUAAGAUACUUAAGUGACUUAAACCCAGACUGAAAAAUUGAAUUUUGUUUUGUUUGUUUAGGGUUUUUUGUUUGGUUGGUUGUUUUGUUUUGGUUUUUUUAUUUUAUUUUGUGGAAAGACUAUGACCCACUCAUAAACCUGUGGGGUCAUGUAAUCUAUUUAGAGUAGUCCUUUGUAUUUUCUAUUAUACUAGUGCAAUUUUGAGUCAAUGGGGAAGUUUCACCAUUCUGAUGAUUAAGAAAGGUGGAUUUUAAUGUUUUCAGGCUAAGGAAGAGUACUGAAUUAAUAUUUCACGCUACUGAUAAAGUGUUUACCCCUUAAGCCACUUCACUGAAAAAGCUGGACAGGCUCAAGGACAUAGAAAGAAUGUGAGAAUGUAGGUUUUUACAAAAUUUUGAGUCAUGGUGUCCUGCCAGAGGGAGAUGUCUUGUGAAGCAGUGCAGAGUAGGACCUGAUGAACACCAGAGUGAAAGAAUGAGUUCAUAGCAGAGAAUACAUAGAGGGAUGAGAGAGAAUGGGAACUUACACCUGCAUACAUUUUAGUGGUAGUCUAACAUGUAAUCUACAAAAUUCAUGUAGAAUGAGGUUCCAAUAUGCAAUUUCAAUGACUUCUGUUUCUCAGUAAAGUUGUUCAAAUGUUUCUUCAUAGUAUCUCAAGGACACCUGGAGGUGUGUAUUGGAACUGGAAGUGGACAUUUCUUUGACAUCCAUAAGCAGUCAUCUAAUCCUAAGAGGAAAAAGAGUUAAAUCACAGCUAGUUCUCAACAUUUCCCAUUACCUAAUAUUUUUGUAGGUCAGGAUCAGGUUUCCAGCACUUGAUAAUCCCAUUUUCAGCAACACGCUCCCAGAUGUCCCAUUGCAGCUUAAGUGCUUAGUGCAGUGUGGUAGAUUUUGCUAACCAGAAACCAGACAUGUAGGAACUGGGUGCUUUAAAAAUCUGCCCUGUGGGUCUAGCUUACUGAAGUUCCUGGGAAGUUUUCUCAGAAUUUCUGUUCAGGUAUACAGGAGAGGUCAAACCCUCAAGCAUUUUCUAAACUAGCAAAAACUGUGGUUUGAAUAUACUUUAAGUGCAUGGGUAUGCUUGUGGUUUUUUGCUGAUGAUCUGUUUCAUUUUUUCUUAAUUUAAAAAAAAUCUAUACAUUGAAUAUAAGAAAACACAAAGGAAAAUAAGAAGAAUGAGUAACUAUUUUCAGAGAGCAGAAUGUUCUUAAAGAUGUGUAUUAAUUAUUGGGAGAGUUGGAUUUAUGUUUUCCUUGUAGCUAAAGUGCUGUUAUCCAAAAACUUAAUACCAAAAAAAUUUUUGUGUGGGGACCAGUGUUAGUUACAAUUUUCUAAUCUAAGCAGAGGGGCUUUUUUGGGUUCCCCCCCUCCUGUGUUUGUUAUUACCGGGCCCAUUCUUACAGUUCAUUCCUAGAAGCUAAAUAACAGGCUGCACCUUUUUCUGGCUCGUGCAUUAGUUAAGAAAUUUGUUGCUAACGAGUCUGUUAGUGAAAUUUUCCUGGUGACUGCAGGAAAAUCUGAUUGAAUCUUUUAGUGGAUAGCUGCAUAGAUAGUAUGAGCCCGUGUAUGUUGUAAUAAUUUCCUUUCCUGAGGCAAGCACCCAGAGAUAAGAUAGCAUCAUUGUUCCAUACUCAUGCUUUUAUUGUUUGUGGAAUUGCUUGUUGGUAUAGUUGACUCACCACAGAAAAAUUCUCUGGUGGCUUCUGGAGGUAAAACUAAAAUUUUGGGAUCUUUCCUCUCUAAAAUUUCUUGUGUGAUUUUUCUCAGUCAGGUUCUUUUGAUUCACAGAAGAUAUACUGCAAGAAGCACUAGACAGUUGUGAUUUCAUAGAGCUUGGCAAGGAUUGCCUUUGCCACAUUCACAGUACAAAGGUAUCUCUUGAAUGUCAUUUCUAUCUCUGUUUUGUGCCAAGAAUGAGUUAGAAGUGAAGAUAACACAUAGUAUGGAGAUUAAGUAAUCAAACAUACUGUUAUCAUUAUCCCUUUUGUAUACUCUGGCUUUAGCAUAGAAAGUGGACGUGAUAGCUUGUAACUGCAAAUAAUAAAUGCUGUUUUUUCUUCAAGGACUGAUUUUAAUGGCAGCUUAAAAAAAGUUAACAAGCAGAAUUAAGAGGUCAUAAAUGGAAGUUAACCCAUAGUGCUGGGAAACUUGGAAAUCACUUGUUACUUUCUUGGCAGUGAGCCUAAUGGUUUAAAAUAAAAUCCGUCUGUUCAUUGCAGUCUUUCUCCCACUUCCUUACAGAAAUCCACAGUGGAUUACCCCAUUACUUUAAAAAUUUGCUGCCCUUCUGAUAAGCUAAUAACCCUUCUAUGGUUCGCUGUAGCAAGAUAUUUUGGAGAGCAACAAAACUUCCUUUUAUUCUUAAAAACUAGUCUGCUAUUGUUAUUUUUUGCAGUUGGACCUGAGUAUUUUCUUAAUCUGUUUUCAAGUGAGUAUACAAUGAUGGCUUUGCAAAUUCAAAAUAUUUUAUUCAGCCAAAUGCUGCUGAUAAUUAUGUGAGUUACCUUAAUGUCAGUUUGGUAUUUGCUUAGCAUGCCAUGCAUGCAACAAAACUUUGGAGUGAUUCAACUUUGGUGGCCCCUGUAAAUUUACUUCCUGGCUUAAGUUUCCUUUUCAUACAGGGACCAGUUUACUACUGUGCUCCUAUGUGUUUCCUCCUGAAUAUGUAUUGGUCCUCUAGACAUGUUUUAACGUGUUAUACACACAUAAUGCUUCUACCUUUCUCUGUCUUUCUGGCUGUUAAUUAUUAGACGUGUAUUUCUGACAGCAGUUGAGUAAAUAUUCACUAAUCUAUGAUAUAACUGAGUUUUUUAAUGUGUACUUCAAGAAGUUUAUAGACUUGUAUAGAGAAAUAAGUAAUUUUCUUUUGUUGAAUUCAAGAAUCUCAACUCCUGAUGCUCUUUUGUGUUUUUAUUAGUGUAUCUGUUUAAGGAAGUGCUUGUGUUUUUUGAAUGGUUUUCAUAGCUUUUUUAUUUGUUUAAGUAGACACUCUUCUUUGAGAGCAAGUUAUUGACCUGGUACUCUUACUUAUAAUUCUGCCUGGUUCUUCAGUAUUUUAUCUAUCUGUAACUUAUUAAAAACCACAAAUAUGAAAUGGGGAUAUUAAUGACAAGUGGUUUAAAUGUGAGAGAUUCAAAAUGCAUGUUAGAAUAUUUCAAUACUUUGUUCACUGUAAUUUUACAAUUUUUCAUUACUUAAACAAUUAAAAAAAAUCCUUAGGGUUGAAUUAUAGUAAAUUUUUAUACAUCUCAGUACUAAUUUUUUCUCCCAGUGGACAGCAAUAAUUUAGAUGGGAUUGUUUUUUCUCUACCUAAUUUAUUCCUACUGGAGGGAGGGGAAAAUAUUAAUCUUGCCAAUUUUGCUAAUGAUAAUAGUUCCAUGAAUCUUGUUGAUUGUUUUUAAUAAUUUCCAUGCCUUUAGAAACUUGUUCUUCUAUGUUUUGAAGAAAUAUAUACAGAUAUACAGGGUUCUGUAAUAGGAUGUGUUUACAGUAUUUAUCCCCUGGGUUUGCUGUAAUAGUAAGGGGAAGUACAGGGACAGAUAUAACUUGCAAUAGUUGCUAGUGUUAUGUGCCUUUGAAUAAUUUUAUUUAAUUAUUUUAUAUAUAUGUCUUACAUGAGGGUUAGCAGCUUUAAAUCAGUUUAAUUUCUACUAAAGUGGGUAUGGUGAUAAAUUCUUUUAGCUUUACUAGUUUUGCUAACAAAAUAAUUUUAAAUCUGUAAGGUGGAUGGUUGUAUGGAUGGUUUUGAACUGAUUGUAGCCUCUUGAGUUUAACUUUUUAGGUUUCAAGCACUGCUAGAGUAGAGAGAGAACUUGCCAGUCAUGUUUGUCAUUUUAUGCUUUCAUUUUGUACUAUACCAGUGGGACUUAUUACCACAAUAAUUGUGCUCACUGUAGUGGCUUUUUUUUAAUGUUCCUAUGGUUUGCACUGUGUGAUGAAUCUGAAUCUAGCUUACAAAACAUUCCCUUUCUGUAGGCAUCUGCUUUGUACCUUGACAGGUAUGAAAAUCACCAUUUGACAAUGAGACUGUGUAUUACUCUGUUUUCUGAGUGUGAAUAGCAUUUAGCAAGGCUUGUCUAGUUAAAAGGCAGUUAAACUAGUAAUCAUACAUGAUCUGUGUUUAACUGUUGUUUAUAGAAAAAGUGCUACAAAGUGAUAUGUAGGGAUAAAAAUUCAGGAGAAGAAUAUGAAAUUCAGAUAGCAGCUUGAAUGAUUUGCUCUUAGCAUGGGGCCCAGUAACACUACAAAGCUAUAAACUCUGUCUUUCUAGAUUGUGCAGUUAGGUGGCAGAGAUGCAAUUUGUCUUUUCUGAAGCUGCCUGCUGCUUGCUAGCUCCAUCUCCUGUCACAGCCUGUUAGCUCCCCAAGAAAAUUGAUGGGAAAUUGCCUGCAGAUUGUAGGAAAUUGCAUCUCCAGGCUCUGGAAAAAAUGUAGGAUAGCACAACACUGAUCCUCCCAGAGCAGCUAUUAAUACAGCAAAAGCUGACCUUUGGCAUGGUGUGAAACGACUUUGCUAUUUGCUGAAUAAAGACUGUAUUAUGAGUGGUUGAUGGAGGGAACAAAUUAUUAUCCUAGCUAUGCUUGUAGCCAGCCUGCUCCAGGAGGUUGAAGCAUUAGUGAUAGUUUUUGCUGCCCCCUACUCCUUCCUGUUGGAAGCUGGAAGAUGUUUGUCCUAUCCAGAGAUUUAAUUUUACAAAUGGGCAAAAGCCACCACAUAUUUAGAUGAUGAUAGUACAUAAGAAAUACAAAGGUUUAGUGACAAAACCAAAAGAUAAUUUAUGAGGCUAAUAUAAAAUAUAUAUAUAAUUGCUUCUGCAUGGUCAGAGGGAACAGUUUCUUGGCUGUAUCAUUCUUUGUGUAUAUCCACAAGAAACACUUGAUUUCGGAGCAGUUACAGCGAAAUGAGGCUGAUUACUGCUGAGUGUAAAGUGGUGUGACACACAUUAGUUCUGAUAGAUUUCAGCAUUAAAUUACUUGCCACUGGGAAACUCCUGUCUUGUUUAAACAAAUUCCCAUAUGUUCUUGAUGGUUAGAUAGGCAAUGAGUUUUGUGCUCUGUCAUAUCUACUGGAGCUACCUUUCUAAUAUUGUACUUUACCUCAGUUUUAUAGGGCCUUUCAGUAAUAGUCAACUUUUCUGUGAGUCCUGAGAGAGGGGAUGUGUAGAAGUAUUUUGUAACAAGAAAAGAUAAAUGCCAACAUUUUCCUUGAGCUUGCACUUGUACUUAGUUGGUUCACAUCCUCCUGAGAGAGAUUUGUGGGUGAAUCAGAAUGAUGUAUUGAUAAGAAGUGAGUGCGAGGAGGGCAGCAGCAGGGAAAUAAUAAUUUUGCAAUCCAAGAGCAUUGCUGUUUUCAAACACAGCUGAGAUCUACUGAUAACUGGCAGUUGCCCAGGGAUCAGAGUAAAAUCAGUAUGUUCAUUUCCUAUUGUAUUAGUGUCCACUGAUGUAAAUGAGCUGACAAGGCUUACUAACACUCACAAAAGUGAUUAGAGAAAAUUAGUGGCCUGUCACAUGUAGCUGCAGCAGAGGAGCUGAGCAUAGGGUAGCAUGACAUAACAGGUACUCCUCGUAGUUCAAGGCACAGCUGAAGGGGAUCAAGAGCAUUUCAUAUUACAGGGCUCUCUGGGCCCCUGUUUUGAAUUCUUACAAUCAUGCAUGCCCACGAAUGUCAAUCUGAAAUGCUAAUUUGUUGAGGCAUUGUCUGUAUGGAUUAGUUACAGUACCUAUUAUGGUAUGCAGUUUAGUGCUGUGUGUCUUUUCUAGUAAAACACAAAUACAGAAACAGAAGAGCUAUGGUGCUUGAGCCUUUAUUCUGUAUUUACAAUAGCUGUUCAUCUUCCAAGGUAUUACAUACUAAUUUCAUUUUCAAAAUAAACUUUGCCAUUUAGUAACAAA